GCCCAGGGAACCGUGACCCGGCUUGCUGGAGGGAAACUCGGGGACAUCUGUGAAGAAAGGAAUAGGAAGGACCCGAGGAGAGGCAGUAAAGGAGGAAACUGGGCCCUGAUCUGGAGCAUCACCUGUGUGACCUAAUGCAGAUCACUUGGGACCAUACAGAAAGCUGAGCACUGAAGAAUUGAUGCUUUUGAACUGUGAUGUUAGAAAAGACUCUUGAGAGACCCUUGGACUGCAAGGAGAUCAAACCAGUCCAUCCUAAAGGAAAUCAGUCCUGAAUAUUUAUUGGAAAUACUGUUUCUGAAGCUCCAAUACUUUGGCCACCUGAUGCGAAGAGCCAACUCAUUGGAAAAGACCCUGAUGCUGGGAAAGAUUGAAGGCAGGGGGAGAAGGGGAUGACAGAGGAUGAGAUGGUUGGAUAGCAUCACCGACUUGAUGGACAUGAGUUUGAGCAGGCUUCAGGAGUUGCUGAUGGACAGGGAAGCCUGGAGUGCUGCAGUCCAUGGGGUCGCAAAGAGUCGGACAUGACUGAGUGACUGAAUUGACUAGGCUUUGUAAGCCUCAGUUUUCUCAUUGGUAAAAUGGGAUAAGUAACAGUACCUACCUCAUAUUGUUGCUGUGAGAUAACGCAUUCAGAGAGCUUACAUUGCCGCUCACUGCUCAUCUGGGGGCAGUCUCUUUGACCUUCUGUGGUCUGGCCCAUGUCAUCAUGAUGUCACAAUGCCCUACUAGACUCCAACUUCUCCACUAGUGAGUUGUGGAUGCUUUGGAGCUAAGGACUAGAACUGACAUGAGAGACCUCUACCAACUGAGGGUUUCGUGAGCACACUGCUUUGUCAAGAUCUUGGUGAAUAGUCUUUCACUGUGCAAUCGUGUCUUAGAAAUUGUUUUACUUGUUAUCAUGAUCGUGCUUGGCUGGAUGCUUUUUGUUGGAUUUGCAUGUUACCUGGGCACAUUUCCAGAGUUCGUGCCUCCAACUCUGAAGUGGAAAGAGAGGUGGGUUGUUCAGGAGAGCAAGACACACCUGAGGAGCCAGACUUUGGAUGAAGAUCUGCAACUGUGAGCGACUGUGACGGUCUGUUGAGCUGGAUUCCUCCCUUUCAAGAGAACUUGAUAGCACCCGGAAAUGUCAAUGGAAAGUUUGCUUUCCUCUGGAAAAUAAAAUGAACUGCGAAAUGGGAAAGACUUUGAGGAGCACUGCUGAGGACAGCAAGCCCUGGUUCAAAGAUUUGUUAGUAACUAUACCUCCUGGGUAUUGUUUUCAAUGACUGUUCCACCUAUUAUUUUUUCCAUGCAGACGCUAUAAUAAAUUAGACCAGCAUUUUUAAUGCCCCUUUUGGCAGAUUCUGAAACUUGAGUUAAUGUAAAUUUGAGUUCAGGUUCUAACUUUGCAACUUCCUGGCCGUAUGAUCUUAGGAAAGUUUAAUCUCUCUGAACCUCAGUUUCUUCAUCCAUAGGAUGGAGAUAUUCCAGUCUCUUUCUGUUUUUGUGAGAAUUACACGUGGAAAUUCAUGUGAAGCAUUUAAUGCAAAACUUGACAAGUUAGUAAAUGCUAGCUUUAAGUAGUAAAUGCUAACUUAACAAC